UUUUUAGAAUACUCUCUGUAUAUUACUUUCCAGACAAAAUGCUAUUAACUAAUCAUUGUCAUGACUUAAUUCCACGACCUGUGCACGAUUUCCCUGAAGUAGUGACACCUCGAAUGUAUUUUAUAUCCUCUGUACCCCUGCUCCAGUACCCCUGCCAUAUUAAUACAGGCGUCCCACUGUACGACGAUGUGCCAGUGAUCAGCAGAGGCCACAAAGCACCGACAAAGCUAGGGUCACAAGCCUUUAACACGUCUUCCCCAAAAAUAAAGCAAAAAGUUGCCGUGAGACAUCAACCAUACAGAAAAAUGGAACGAAUUGAGAGCGAGGCGUUUGCGGCAGAAACCUCGGGAAAGAAGUCGCCCAUUCUGCUACAACUGCUCCAAUCACCGAACGAAGGGGGCAAAUGCAAAAGCAAAGCUAAAUCAAAAGAAAAUUACGAGCCAGGUGCAGCCAAAUUAAGCCUGUCUCCCGCCGAAGAGGCGUUUGGCUUUGUGGGAGAAAAUUUGCAAAGAACAUUUCAAUUUUUUCAUUCGAUCCCAUUGAUUGGCGAAACUGGCAGUUGGAAGAGUAAAGAGCUUUUUCAAAGCUUGUGGGCCGAAAUCUUUGUGAUUUUCUGCACCCAGAAUGGCUUUCCGAUGGAGGCGAUUGAAAAGAGCUUGGCUUCUCGCUACACGACGAUGGAUUCCGUGCGUUCUAGGCGCGACAUCCUGAAAAUACGAGACUUUGUUCGACGAUGCAGGGAUAUGGACUUGACAAGCUUCGAGUACGAUUAUCUACGUGGUGCAGUUUUGUGCAGUAAAGGUGGAUUUGUUACCGAUUUCGUUUCUCCUAACUGUGGCAAUGUCCGGAGUACACAAAUUUCUCUGAGCCUAUUGACGCUGAGAGCUGUAUCCUCUCAAAGCAUAUCUGAUAUAUUUCUGUGCCCUGUUUUCGGACCUUCCGAUAUCAAAAGAAUCCACUCCGGCGACGUAAUGCAGCAAUUUCAGCAGUAAACGUACAAGUCUAUUGUUUUAUUGUUGUGAACUAACAAUGCAAAUGUAUACACGUUCUAUUUAUGCUGUUGUUUCUAUACUAGGCAUAACGUAAUAUACAAGUAAUUUACCAUUUUACUGAUAAAAAAAAAACUUUAUUUUACCGAUUUUUAGUUUUUAAUAAGCGUUUUUUUUAUACGCCAUUUACUUAUAUAUUACGUUGGUCUUUACUGUUUUAGUUGUGACAAGAGUGCCUUACGAAUUGCUUAUAUACCUAUAGAUUUUUCGUACUAAUGGCCUCGCAUUAAUUACCCCGACUAUAGUGUUACUGUUACGUAAUACCGUUUAAAUUAGUUCUAGAUCUGCAGUAUUUAGACAAUAUCGACUUUUUACCUACAGUGAAUAUUGUAGUAUACAAAACGACGUGGUAGCCAUUUUGUUUGCCGAUUUUUAAUCGAGUGAAUUCGUAAUUUAAGUGCUCGGACUUUAACCUGCAUUUUCUGACGUGAAACCUUCUGGGUUUCGAAAUAUUACGAGUGCUUUUAUUUACUGAGCACAGAAUAAAGGUCAAUAUUCGUUUGA